UUUGCCGCUUCAUGUUAGGUGGCUUGAGUGAAGGAAAUCAAAGGGGGUUAUUUUCUUUUGUUGGAAUUAAAAGGGUUUGGGGGGGUUGUGUGAUUUCAAAGUAUUGAUAUCGUUAGCAAAUUAUUACUCUACAUUUAGCCAACGGAAAGUAUGAGUGGAGGCGUUUAUGGAGGAGAUGAGGUUGGAGCCCUGGUGUUUGAUAUUGGAUCAUACACAGUGAGGGCGGGCUAUGCCGGAGAAGACUGUCCUAAGGCCGACUUCCCCACGGUGAUCGGAGUUACCCUGGACCGGGAAGAUGGCAGCGUUCCUAUGGAGACGGACGGAGAAAAGAGCAAACAAAGUGGAACCACCUACUACAUCGACACCAACCAGCUUAGGGUGGCGCGGGAAAACAUGGAGGUCAUGUCCCCCUUGAAGAAUGGAAUGAUUGAGGAUUGGGACAGCUUCCAGGCCAUCUUGGAUCACACCUACAAGAUGCACUUCAAGUCUGAGCCCAGCCUGCACCCCGUGCUCAUGUCAGAGGCAUCUUGGAAUACGAGAGCCAAGAGGGAGAAGUUGACGGAACUGAUGUUCGAGCAUUACAACAUCCCGGCGUUCUUCCUGUGCAAGACCGCCGUCCUCUCAUCCUUUGCCAACGGGCGAUCAACCGGCCUGGUGUUAGACAGCGGAGCCACACAUACAACGGCCAUCCCAGUGCAUGAUGGGUAUGUUCUGCAGCAAGGCAUCGUGAAGUCCCCUCUGGCGGGCGACUUCAUGAGCAUGCAGUGCCGAGAGCUGUUCCAGGAGCUGAGCGUGGAGAUCGUGCCGCCCUACAUGAUCGCCUCAAAGGUGAGACCUGCCAAAGAAGCGGUGCGCGAAGGCGCCACGCCCAACUGGAAGAAGAAGGAGAAGCUACCUCAGGUCACCCGCUCGUGGCAUAACUACAUGUGCAACACUGUGAUCCAAGACUUCCAGGCGUCGGUUCUCCAGGUCUCGGAUUCGCCAUAUGAUGAACAGGUGGCCGCGCAGAUGCCCACGGUUCACUACGAGCUGCCCAACGGCUACAACUGCGACUUCGGCGCCGAGAGGCUGAAGAUCCCCGAGGGGCUGUUCGACCCGUCCAACGCCAAGGGUCUGUCGGGGAACACCAUGCUGGGGGUGGGUCAUGUGGUCACCACCAGCGUGGGGAUGUGCGACAUCGAUAUCCGCCCGGGUCUGUACGGCAGUGUGGUCGUCACCGGAGGGAACACGCUGAUCCAGGGAUUCACGGACCGACUCAACAGAGAGCUGUCCCAGAAGACCCCGCCCAGCAUGCGUCUGAAGCUGAUCGCCAACAACACCACGGUGGAGCGUCGGUUCAGCGCCUGGAUCGGGGGCUCCAUCCUGGCAUCGCUGGGAACCUUCCAGCAGAUGUGGAUUUCCAAGCAGGAGUACGAGGAGGGCGGAAAACAGUGCGUAGACAGGAAGUGUCCUUAACCGAGCACGACACCUCACUUCCUUUAGCACCCAAAAUAUCUCGCUUCAGUCUAGCCUUUCCAGUGGACUCAGGAACACCCGAGGAUAUUACUUUCUGUAGGGUUUCUUUCUUUUUUGUUUGUUUGUUGUUCGUUUUUAAACCAGUUUAAACGGCAAAUGAAAGCUUGCUUCCUUUGUACCUCUGUAAGUAGAAAA